AAGGAAGUGGGACAACGAGAAAUGGAAUUUGGAAAUUGGCAAAUAAGACAAGUUUGAGUAAAUACAUACAAUGAAAAAAAAAGACCAAUACAAGAAGAGAAAAUAUAUGACAACUGCAGCAUCAUGAUCGAGUGACAUUGUUCAAGGCAGGUCAAAUACUCUACAGCUAAACGACAGAAACAGACACACAAAUAGACAGACAGAGUGCAUAGCUGUGUGGAGCAGAGGUGGAAAACAUCAAUCAUUUUGUGAUAUGGUGCCCGUUCCUGCAAGACACAAGAAGAAGAGCAAUAUAGAACUGCAGCAGCCGUACCAGCAAGAAGCCGAAUAGGAAAUAAUUGGAAAAUUCCUAUUCGAAGACGUAAGACUGAAGGAAAAAAAGGAGAUAUUACAGGAUGUGGAAGGCAAGAGAGAAAAGAUUAGAAGAAUUGCAAGACCAAGACGAAUAGACACAAGUAGAAGGUGCCGUUGUAAAGGCAAUACCUCCGACACCAUCACACCACACUGCCCAGUGCCACGGCCAGUGCCUGCCCAGUGCCCAGUGCCCACCCUACUGAGCAGAAAAAAGGAGGCGAGGAGGCACGCCGGUAUUGUUGUCGUGCCCAAACUCUCGUGCUUGCCGUGGGGGCGCCAGGAUACGCAGUCACUUCCAGUUCCAUUUGGAAUAUCAACCACAGCAACAGUGAAUCUCAUAAUCUGAUGAUAUGUUGUUACAAGAGCGUUAUGCCAAGGCGACGUACUCUACCAUGGAUCUGGCUUGGGCUUGUGCUGGCAUUUUUUUAUAUGAGUGGCUUGUACCAGUACCUGCUUGCCUGGUCAUACACAAGUUAUUAUACACACUGGGGACCCCCCUACCCCCUGGCACCUCUAAUGACCCAACUUAAGGCAGGGGAAGAGGUUAGUGUAAAGCCUGUGAAUGAAUUUACAUUCCCUUACACAUACCUGAAUGAAAAGUGCAAAGGUAAAGACUCUGUACGACUUAUGUAUGUUGUGAAAUCUGCAAUAGUAAAUUUUGAUAAAAGAAAAGCGAUUCGUAAUUCUUGGGGUUUUGAAAGUCGCUUCUCAGAUGUGGAGAUACGAACAGUUUUCCUCGUUGGCAUGAGUGUACAUGAAUCAAACUCUCAGAAGUUGCUGGAAAAGGAAAUUGAAGAACACAAAGAUAUUAUUCAGGCUGAUUUUGUUGACUCUUAUUUCAAUAAUACAGUAAAAACUAUGAUGGGACUACACUGGACAUACCAUUUCUGUCACAAUGUUAAGUAUUUUCUGUUUGUUGAUGAUGAUUAUUAUGUGUCAACCAGAAAUAUGUUACGUUUUUUGAGGAAUCCCAGUAACUAUCCUCAGUACCUGGAUAAGUACAUUGUGACAGCCAUGAAUGAGUACCAGGAAGACUUAUACGCAGGUUAUGUGUUUGACAACUCGGCACCCAUCAGAUGGAUAUUCAGCAAGUGGUACAUGUCACUUGACGAAUACCCUUACUCCAAAUGGCCUCCUUAUGUCACCGCCGGCGCUUACGUGUUGUCCAGGAAGAGCCUUGAAGACUUGUAUUUUGGCAGUAUUUACACCAAUCACUUCCGCUUUGAUGACGUAUUCCUUGGGAUGGCAGCAAAGAAGGCAGGCAUCAAGCCUUUCCACCACAAGGAGUUUUAUUUUUACCGCAAGCUCUAUGAUAAGGAAGGGUUCAAGUGGGUUAUUGCCUCCCAUGGUUUUGACAGUCCUCAGGAGAUUCAGCAAGUGUGGAAUGAACAGAGGUCUGCUGGAAAUGCUUAACACAUCUUCCAUUGAGGGAUGUAUCUACUACACGUCUGUCACCAACAUGUAUUUACUUGUAAGAAAUGUUGCACUGAAUCUUAUUGCUUUUAGGCAUAUUGCAUUUACUUUUCUUAUUGAUAUUGUUACAGGAAUUUAAGGAAGCAGCAUGUCUUGGUCUUUCAUACCAAAUGCUUUACCUAAGCAAUCAAGUAUAGAUCUUUAAAGGCUAUCAGUUGGCUGAAAACCUCUGUUAGACUAAUGGCAGUGGGGUGAUAAAUAAUCGUAGGCCCUUUUUUUGUAGCAAUAUUUUGUGUAGUCUUCCUUCUAUAGCCUUUUGUUUAAUAUAAUUAUUUACAUUUUCUUCAGAAGGAUAUUGGGUUUCCUUCCUUUUAUCUUUCUGUACCCCAUUGACUCAUUGAGUUGUUUUACUACUUGUGGUUAAAUGCAGAUCAUUAUAAACUUGUGAAAGUUGACGUAAUUUGGGAGUACGUAUAUGCAAACAUGUUUAUUUAUUUAUUUAUUUAUUUUGUUUACUUUGCGUGUGUUGGUAGCAGGGACCAUAAGAUUAGCUAUUUAUCUAUGAGAUGAUACUCUGGUCACUGACUGUAGGUGCCUCAAGUUGCCUUUAACAGGCAGUAACACCCUCUAGGUAAUUCAUCUUAUUACUUCCGAUUGCUAGGUUGAAGGCACCCUUAAUUUUAAGCUUUCAGAGGCCUAAAAUCUUAGCCAUACUAUUUUUUUUUCUUUUUUUCAUUGGGCUUAUUGCACUGGUAGGCUUUCAUGAGGUGCCCUGUUGACUGGCCCCAGCCCAUUUUUGGCCCAGGCAAAUAGUUUUUAGUGGUGCCAUUUUUGCUGGCUUAUGCUGCCCACCCAGAACUCCAAUUGAUCCUCUUGAGAGAGUUUUGCUAGAGUCUGGGUUGAUAGUGGUUCAUCAGGACAGCAUGUGGGUUGUCUUCAGCCACCUGGUACUGACUGAAAAUUGUCAGCUUUAGUAGGGGGCGGAACUUGAACUUGGGUCCUCCAGGACACCGUGCUCGCAGGCUGACCAUUCAGCAACUGCUGAGUGCUUAAAGUCUCACAGAGUGGUGUUCUUUGGGUAGUUCAGCUCAUUGCUUCAGGGUGCCUGGUUUAAAUAACACAUUCUAGGUCUGACACAGGGCUUUGUUGUUUAAAUAAUUGGAAAGGAUAAGGGUAUAUUUGUCAAGUCUUAUGCACCAUUUCAGUUACCACUCAUAACAGGAAAAUAUCUGAAAAAAUUGUCAUUGUACAUUAAGAGGGAUCAUUGUUAAAGGGAUUUUUUUAUUAUUGUUUUUACAUUUGGCCUUUAACACCAGUAGGCUUUCAGGAUGGAGCCUGUUGAUCAGCCCCAGCCUGUUAGUGGCACAGACAAGUAGUUUAUAGUGGUGACAUUCUUGCUUGCCUCGUGCUAUCCUCUCGGAGAUCCACUUGAUCAUCUUUAAAGAGUUUCACUAGAGUCCAGUUUAUUAGGUGAUCAUCAGGACAGGCCACUCAGUAAUGACUUAAAAUUGUCAGCUUGUAGCGGUGAGUGGAACUUAAACCCAAAUCCUCCAAGACACCAUGCCCGCAUGCAGAUCACUCAGCCACUGUCUCCGCUAGCAAUCUUUUGACAUGGUAAAUUUUAAUAUUUUUCAGAUUUUUCUCAUAAUAUGAGUACUAAUUAGAUUGGUGCAUAUAAAUCAACAAACAUUUCCUAUCUCCAAAUGGCACUCAGUCAGGGCUAAAAUGCUGAACCAUUAAGAUUUAGAGCCACACCCUUCAGUGUCAUUUAACUGAUUUGCUGUGGACUAAUACCACAGCCUUUUUGCUGUGUUUCACCUCAUAAGCAUUAUCUCAUGCUGAUUGGCCUUUCUUUAAUGCCAUAUCAUAGUUGCCAACAGCAACUAGUCCCCCAGAGCUCUGCCCCAUUCCUAGAGUUGUCAUUGAUUAGGUGAGGUUAUUUUUGUUAUCUCAGAUGCAAAUUUACCUAAGCCAUAAGACAAUCUUAUUCAUAUCAAGAUUAUUAGUUUAUAGAAAAAGAAGUUGGAGUUGGUCAACAGUAAAGUUAUUAACCAUCACUACCCUGGAAUAAAGAGGAGGGAGGGAGGGGGCUUAGGGAACCAAUUGGUUGAUGGUGACUAUGGUUUGGUUCCCUGCAGUCGUAGUCAUCUUGCCCGUUCCUGACAGCCAAUGAUUUGCUCAGUACACAAAGCAAGUCUGAGGCUAUAGAUUGACAUUAAUAUUUUUGAUAUUCACAUGUGUAUUUCCAUAGUUUUAUCAGUAUAGAUUUGUGUUUCUUCUCCAGUUAUAUCUAUGUCCUGAUAUUUGCAUGAGUAUGGUAAUGAUGGUUUUUGCUGUGACAGUAGGUAGUAUUAGGUUGUGCAUUUUGCAUGUUCUGAAUCUCUUUUUCAAGUUACAUGAUUUGACUUUAAAUCAUUUCUGUGUUACAUUCAUAUUGUAAGAGAGCUUGUAUAUUUUCUACAGUGACAGGAAGCAGUGGGUAAACUGAAAGGUUUGACAUGCUGGAGAAAGGUGGUGCAAUAUUAGAAUGAGUCAUUAAGCUGUAGUGGUACAUAGGACUUACUCAGCUGGUAGAGCCACUCGUCUAGCAUUACUAGGCUUGUCAAGGGGGGAGGGGAGGAGGCAAGCAGCUCAAUACAGUUUGUUGUCCAGACAUGAUCAGCUCAAGUCUUAUAUAUUUAUAAUUUUCACUUGAGACAAAUUUUAGAUACCUGAAAAGGUAUAGUAUAACCAAUGAGUUCCAAAAUUAUUUUCUGAGGAAAAAUUACAAAUUAAUUCAUAGCUUCUUAAGCUGGUUGUGCAAUUGUGAUCUAUUUUGUUAACAAAAUGUUGUGUCUUGGUUUCAGUGAGUCGUUUUCAUAAGCCACUGAAGGAUUACUGCCACUUGAAAGAUUAGGUAAAUUGUUUACUCAAGUUGGUCAAGUAAUCUGUGUGUGUGUGUGUGUGUGUGUGUGUGUGUGUGUGUGUGUGUGUUUACCUAGUUGUGAUAUACAGGAAAAGAACUAUGCUCGCGCUGUCCCGUCUCCAUAUCCUCUCUUACCCAACUUUUCCUUAAAAUCAUGAAUGUUUCUUGCACAAACCACCUCCUCCAGUCCAUUCCACAGCUCAGUGCUUCUGUUUGGGAAGCUAAACUUUUUCACAUCUCGCCUACACAUGGUCGCCCUCAACUUCUUUCCAUGUCCUCUCGUUUCUCUCUCGCUCCACACACACAGGUGUGUGUGUGUGUGUGUGUGUGUAAUUCACCACAGCCUGAUCACGUGUUGGACUCGUAUUGCCACCAGGUACCCUGUAAACACAGUAAAAAAUUGAGGAAAGGAAGAUGCUUGAGAGACAUAAAGAAAUAUAGCUUCCUGCAAAGAAAUAUAGAGGUUUGGAACAGACCAAGUGAGGAUGUAGUAUCGGCAAAGAGUGUGCAAAGCUUUAAGGAGAAGUUGGACAAAUACAGAUACAGAGACGGGACCACACGAGCGUAAGCCCAGGCCCUGUAAAACUACAACUAGGUAAAUACAACUAGGUAAAUACACACACACACACACCCACACACACAGAAGCAUAACAACAUGGAACGGACUUGACGAGGAGACUGUGUGUGCAAAAACGAUUCAUGAAUUUAAACCUGAACUGGAUAAUAAGCAUUAUGGAGACGGGACAGCACGAGCCUAGUACAGCUCUUUUCCUGUAUUUCACAACUAGAUAAAUACAACUAGGUAAAUACACACACACAUACACACACACACACACACACACGAACAAAGAACGGAGAGAGAUCUGAUCACGCUGUAUAAGUUGGUAAAUAAGUUUGAUGAGGUGGAUAGAGAUGAUCUCUUCUCUACUGCGAGAAGUCUUGAGGCGAUGAGUUGGGGAAGGGUGGGCGGCUGCCUGUCUGGUUCCUGGGUUGUCAUCUUUUGACUAAAGUGACAGGCCAGCAGGUCAGCCUUUUCCCGGCUGGUGAUGGCCAGGUCUCCGUCAGGUUUCCUCAGGGGCGGGAUACGUUCUUGGGGGGGUAAGGUCUUGCUGUGCCUUCACCAGCCCUCACCACUGUUUCGGGUCGGUUUGGUUAGAGGACAGCUUUCUCCUCCUGUCGGCAUCCCACCUUUCUUUUGCCCACUUUGCUGUCUUUUUUUUUUUUUUUUAUUUUUCCACACACACACACACACACACACACACACACACCACACACACACACACACACACACACACACACACACACACACACAGGAAUGUUUGAAAGGCUGAGAUUGUGUAAUCCUUUAAUCCUUCUCUUUUUGCCAGUUAUAUACCAAAGUACAGUUUUGAUGAUAGCAAUUUUCCUUGCAUAUAUGUUUUGUGUUCAUUUAAGAAUCUUUAAUUUAAUGAUAUCAUAAAUGUGAAUGUGUUUUCAAAAAUUGGUAGUCAUGUCUUUUUACGAGGAUGAGAAGAUGUUGAGAUUAAAAUUAUGUUAUUAUUUUAGUGAUAAUGUUUUGUAGGUAGUCAUAAGCUUGAUGGCAUACAUUACAAAUUUGGAGUAUUAGCUUUGGUGCUUUGACAGUUUGUGUAUAAUUAAUGAUAUUGUUAUUCCACAUGAUGUAAGAUCUUCCGAGGCAGUCCAACGUCACUGAUAAUGAUGAUUAUUUCUAGAUUUUCCUUCUCAUCAUCAUCACUGUAUUGCUAUAUUGCUAUAAAAACUGAGAGAUAUUAAGUGGGUCAUUGUAAGUAUCAGUGGUGAUAGGAGGAUGGGUGAGGCAUUCAUAGCAUUGCCUGACAGACAUAUUUUGUGCUAUAAAUGUCUUGUAAAAAAGGAGGAAUGUGGGGUUUGAUUUUUAAUUAACAAGAAUUUAACAGGGAACAUAGAAGAAUUCAUCAGGAUUGACAAAAGAGUAGCAGUAAUUAAUAUCAAGUUGAAUAAAAGAUACAAACUUAAAAUACUUCAGGGUUAUACACCAACGUCAACAUACAAUGACAAUGAAGUAAAAUGUUUUAUGAGGAUAUGGAAGUAGCAAUGAAGAAACAUGAAACAUAGUUUUCAAUAGUCUUGGGAGACUUUAAUACCAAAGUGGGCACCAAAAAUGUUUGUUGAAAUUCAACAAGUAGAUCACCUCACCAGUUUUUUGUACGUAUCCAAAAUGUUAAAUUGCUAACUGGCCAUUUUGGAAAAAGUACAGAAAAUGGACAAGGAAAUCAACUUGUUGAAUAUGCGGAAAGAAACAGACUGAGUCAUGAGUAGACUUUUCGAAAAAAAAGUGAACAGGUGGACCUGGAAAAGUUCCAUUGGAGAGACAAAGAAUGAAAUUUACUUUAUUCUCUCUGAAAAUUUGGACAAAGUGAAAUGUGACCGUAACAAAUAAAAUAAAAUUCAGUAACCACCAAUUGGUUAUUGAAAAACUAGCUUAAAUUCAAGUAGAAAUAGGGAGAAGUGAAUGAAUAAACUCCUUAAAUAUUCUUGUAGUUAGGGAGAAGGCUGAAGAAUUUAGUUUAAAAAAAAUUCAGAACAAAUCCUUGAAUCUACUUGAUGAGGUUGAUGGAGAUACAGAGGAAGCAAAUGACAAGUAUCUAAAAUUGUAAUGGAAGCAGCACUAGAAGGAGGAGGACAGGCACCAACAAACAAAGGCAGUAGACUAAUGGAGAAAACAAGCAAUCUCAAAAAGACAAAGGUAUAAGUAAGAUCCGAAAGGGAUAAGAUAGCAUUGACAAAACUGACAAAACUUAUCAAUUGGAAAGUUAGUGCUAUACAUAAAUUUAACAUGAACAAGAUUGAAGGAACUCUUAGAGUGGAAAAAGCAUGAAAAUAACCGAGAGAAGUUAGGCCAUUGCUAAAUAACGCUGUUUGCUGUAAAAGCUACAAAUGAUGAUAUCACAAAUAAUAUGGAGGAGGUAGUUAGGGUUGAGGAAAACUUUUAGUACAUUGAACUGUACAGUGAUCAAGGUGGGCGGGAGGAUGGUGGUGAGGAACAUGGUACGCUGAAGGCUACAGUGGAAAAAUGUUAUAAGCUGCAAUCAUGAAAUGUUAUUUCAUAAGCUUGUAUGGCAAUGUAGUGCUUGGAUAGAAAUGCAUGAUAAGAGAAUUGCAUUGCUUAGUCUAGAACAAUAUUGAGAAUUCUUGGAUGGUUUUCCUAGCAUAGUAUGUAAUUUAAUGCAUACUUAUUCCCUCCAACUUGCAAUAGUUUUAAGCUGUGGGAGUUAUAGUCAUGAAACUGUUCAAUACAUCAUAUUGUUAUUUCAAGUAAGCAGCAAAUCCUAUGGAUUGUGAGUGUUUGAGCUGUCUGGAAACUGUAAUUAAAAUGCUGAAUGCUGUAUUGACAUGUUUCUCAUGGCUGGGAAGGUAUUGAUAGCCAUUAAAGAUUUGUGGGGCUGGAUUCCAGUCUUGAAGCAUCUUUUUUUUUUUUUUUUUUUUUUUUGUUUUUCCUGUACCAUUGUUUUAAACAGUGAGUUUAUUGUACAAACUAAACCACUUGUUUGAGCCAGAAAAUGCUAAUAAGCAUGUGCAAAUUUGCAAUAUUUUGCAAUAUGUACAGAUCUCAGUUACAUUUAUAAUUUUGAUAUUGUUAUUGUGCUUAUGAACCUGUAUUGUCUCUUGUCAACAAUAAUUAAUUUAUGGUUUGUAUUUAACUUCUCUCUCUGAAUAUUACUUACCAGAACCCAUUGAAUAAGUUUAAAAUUAUAACCAGUGAACUAAACUCAGUCUUAAAAUAUAAAUUAUUAUGUGGUGCUUGCAAUUCACACUUUGCAUAACAUGUUUUUGGAGGGAAAGCACCUACAGAGAUUAUGAUUUGCACCAGACCUGUUGUGGUGCAAUCCACCUUCAGAAACUUGCUUAUUAUGUGUCAGAUAUGUGAAGGGUUUUACUACAUAGAACAUUGGAUGUGUACUGGGUGUAGUUUGGUGAGAAAACUUCAACUGUGUAGCAAACUCAAGGCUGACAGUAGAGUUUGGUUGCCAAUUUCCAUGCACUCUUCUAAUUGGUACUCAUGCAUGGAAAAAAAUCAUCUGGAGAAUGGAUCUGAGGUAUAAAAAAAUAAGAAUAUUUUAUUUAUUGACAGUAGUUAAUUUUUAUGCCUAAGUUCAAUUGUCAAAAGUAGCACUUUGCCUGAUAUGGAUAUGUGUUGAAAGGGUGUGUACAGAUUGACAAACUUGCCGAUUAUUUGUAGACUUUGUUUAGUUUUUAAUAUUUUACCUGUGUAGUGCUAAGGUAAAUGGUUUCUGUAUAACUAACAUUUCUUGUGUAUCUUUGAGUUUUGGGGGGUAGCUUUAGCCCUGAGGAUCUGGUCAUAGCAUGUUUGUAGUCAUAGUUUGAAAUGAAUCACAUGUAAUGAAGACUCAGUUUUAAGUUUUAAUGUAAUGAAGAACAAUACCAGGCUCACCACUAUGGGCUUUAUGACCGACACGUACGUCAUUAGAUCUUGAGUAGGGUAUGUGUGGCAAAUCUUAUGAGCCUUUCCAAGUAGUACUCAUAUCCGGAACAGAUAAGUAGUUCAGAAAAUUAAGUGAGGUGUGAAAAUCAUUUGACUUUAAUCAUUUUGGUUUUAUACCUUGGCUCAAUUUGUCAUUCUUUCUCCACCAUUGCAAGUAUACUUACUGGAAGAGCAUGUAUGAAUUGGUCAGCAUACCAUUCCCACUAUUUGCUGUGGGUGGUAGAAUUAAUAAUAUUCUCAUUUGCUGUCCUACUUGGUUACCCUAAAUAUGUCAGUAAUAUGGAUUCCAACACAAUAUUUUAUAAAGUUUAGUGUGAAGCAAGAGCAACAACAACAAAAAAGCAGAGAAAUCUUGGUGAGUUUUGUUCCUCUUAAGUUGUGGGGAAUAGGUUCAAUUUAUUCUUAACCCGGUAGAAGCGACGGGCCAAAUUUGUGGCUUUACCGUGUACCAGUGACGGGCAAAAUUUGUGGCUUUACCGUGUACCAGCGACGGGCCAAAUUCUUGCCUUGACAUGAACCCCCCAAAAUAGAGGAUACAUAAACUGAUCACAAAUGCGUUGAUACAUAUAACGGUUUGCGUGAGUGAUGACUUUUUCUCAUUAAUUUGCUUAGAGGGGCCUUUAAGAAACAUGAUCCCCGUAGCUACCGGGUUAAGACCUCAUGAAUACUUGAUAUGAAAGUCUUGGCCUGUGUCUGAGUGCCUUUCAUAAAAUAUAGAAUAACUUCACAGUAUUAAGAAAAAAGUAUUCUUAAGUAUUGUAUUUUUUAUUAUUUCUUGCUCACAUUUGUUUCUAUUUCUUAUUCCAAGUUCAAAAUGCUUGGUUCAGUGUUAAGCUUUUCUCAUACUGCGUCAGAAUGAUUAUCUUAGUAUCUUUUUAACAUUAUUUAUUGUGCCAAAUGUUCUUGUUAAUUAGUAGCAAGAUCAGUUUAUCAGUAUUUUAUUAUCUGUAUAGUUAUUGAGAAUAUUUAAGGUAAACUACCCCACUGCA